CCACUGCCAGAAGAGUCGGAUUCCCCAAGAGCAGAGCAAGCGGACGCGACCUCAGCGCCCGCCCUGCGCGCUCGCCAUGGCGAUGCAUUUCAUCUUCUCAAAUGAGGCAGUGCUUCUAUUUGAUUUCUGGAGUGUCCACAGUCCUGCAGGCAUGGCCCUCUCGGUGUUGGUGGUCCUGCUCCUAGCUGUACUGUAUGAAGGCAUCAAGGUCGGCAAAGCCAAGCUGCUCCAGCAGACUCUGGAGAGCCUGCCUGCCCUCAGCAGCCAGCAAGUCAUGUUGGAGACAGACCAGGAUUCUGCAAGCUCAGACUUACCCCCAGUCAGGAGAACGUGCCGCAGGUGGUAUUUGUGUCACUUUGGCCAGUCUCUAGUCCAUGUCAUUCAGGUGGUCAUCGGCUACUUCGUGAUGCUGGCCGUAAUGUCCUACAACACCUGGAUUUUCCUUGGGGUGGUCCUAGGCUCAGCUGUGGGCUACUACCUAGCCUACCCAUUUCUGGGCAUGGUUUAGCUGGAGAGCAAGGUGCAGGCGCUGAAGGUUGGAGGGGCUGCUCUGCCAGGCAUCGUACUUCCAGCUCCUUUAUCUUCUGAUGGCCAUUGCUCACCUCUUUCCCAGUUUCUGGGAGCUUUAAGCUGAAGCCAGCACAUGCUCGCUAGAGCUCAGAAGCUACUGCAACUACCUUCCUCCUCAGCUGCUCUGCACAGAGCCCAGGCCCAGUAUGGUGCCUUAAGGAGGCAGCUGUGACCAAGAGGAGAACAGAGAGACAAGAACCUGAGGGCAGGGCUGCUGGGCUUACGGUGAUGCAUCUCUGUGACUCCAAGUGUGAGUUUCCAAAGAUCUUCGUGAUGGGUUGAUGGGUUCUGACUGAAGAAGACCUUAGAACUUGGAUAUCCUCUCUUCUGCUUUGUGCCUUAGCUACGGGAGCAUCUUCCAUUGGGCAUCCUGACCUUUUUUGCCUUUGGGGGACAGAGACCAAGCUAGCUCCUUUUUCUCACCUUUCAGCCUUUGGAACACAUGAAGAUUGUGUCUUCUCUGGAUCAUGUUGACAAACCAAGAUUUUUCAUCUUUCCCAUUGAACUCCUGGUUGACAAUUUUGCACAUUCAUUCAAAACAAAAUUUGUAAUGAAAUUAUUUCAUUUUAUUCAUGAUGAUGGCAGCAUGAACUGAGACCUAUCUCUCUUUCUUGGGGAAAUAAGUGGCAGCUGAUUACAGGCAGAGAUCCAGGACUGUUCUCAAGGCUGUUGCCUGAGCCCCCACCAGACAGCACUGCCUGCAGCUGGAGGCCAGGGUGCUGGGGAGCUCUUCAUGGCCUUAACACCCUCUUAUCCAGAUGCUCUUUUAUGCAGAACAGAGAACUGCAUUAAAUAAUAUUCAGUGUGUAAUGUUCCUUAUUUAUUAAGUCACAGGGGAAUAUUGACUGAGGAUGCAGUAAGCAGUCAAAACCAAAGUCAGUAUUUUUAGAGUUAGAUGAAGUCUGGAUAUUUGACCCUUUCACUUUACAGAAAAGGAACGAGACCCAGGGAGAGAAAAUCACUACUGUAUACUAUAAUAUCUAUGCUCAUGUACCUCAUGGGCUCAAUGAAAAGAUGGUCUUAAGCUUUGGGAAUUAAAAAUAAAUACAUUUUAAUAAACAUAUAUUUUUAAACA